AGUCUCGUUUCAUCAAUCAUUUCGUUCGGUUGGAAAGAACUUGUUGGAAACUUUGCCCUAAGAUUGCGUUCCUAACUUCGUUCAAUGUAUUUUUUAUGGUUAUUUGGGGUGCGUUCAUUUACCGAUUGUACUGAUUUGACAUUUAGGGCAAAUUUGAUCGAAUUUCCAACAAGUUUUUUCUUUUACAAGCCUGAGUGUGCUCGCUUAUCGUAAUGAUGCUUUCAGUGCGAUUUGGUUUAUUCGUUGUUAUAUUGAUUAGUACUGUGAGUGGGAUACGGUCGGUACAGUAUAAAAUUGUUGAAACGCUAAAUGGUCAAAUUCGUGGCAUUGAAAGAAGGACACUUCUGAAAGGGGUUCCGUUCUACUCAUUCAAAGGAAUCCCAUACGCGAAGCCACCCGUUGGAGAUUUGCGACUCAAGGCACCAGAACCAAUCGAAUCAUGGACUAAUGUACUAAAUGCAUUUGAACACAGACGAAUUUGUGUACAGCCUGGAAAUCUACUUCCAUCACCAUUUCCACAAAGUGAAGACUGUUUAACACUAAACAUUUAUGUUCCAGCUGAUGUGAACUCAAAAGAGAAAUUUGCUGUGCUAUUCUUUAUUCAUGGUGGGGCGUAUGCUGAGGGAUCAGGCAACGAUCAUUAUUAUGGACCGGAUUUCAUCAUUGAAAACCAAACCAUUUUGAUAACAAUAAAUUAUCGGCUAGGAUUGUUGGGCUUUUUGUCGCUUGACACACCAGAAUACUCUGGUAACAUGGGUCUGAAAGAUCAGCAGUUGGCAUUGAAGUGGGUCCACUCAAACAUCGGACGAUUUGGUGGCGAUAAUAAACGAAUCACGGUCUUCGGUCAAAGUGCAGGAGGUGCUUCUAUUCAUUUCCACAUUCUAUCGGCUGAAUCGCGAAAAUAUUUCCACAACGCGAUUCCAAUGAGCGGAGUAGCCGAUCACUAUUGGGCAAUGUCGGAACAUAAUGAUCAUGUGGAACUCGCUUACAAAAUAGCCAGAGAUUUGGGUGAACCAAAGAGUACUCAUGAUGAAUUGAUAGCAUUUUUGAAAUCAGCUCCAGCCGAAAAGCUUGAUCAAUAUAGCACAGUUGCUGUACCAAAUGUAUUGGUCGAAAUUGUAUUCACGCCGCUUAUUGAGAGAAACGAUGCCAAGCAGCCAUUCAUUAUUGAUUCGCCAGAAAAAAUCUAUGAAACACAAGAGAUCAGUGUUAACACAUUAUUUACCAUGACUUCUUCGGAAGUAGUUGGAUUCAUUUCAAUGUUUCCUCCUUUAAACGAUUUUCUUAACAAUUUCAAUAUAUCACUACCGUUUAGAGGACUUGAAAUUCCACUUGAUUCGAACGAGUAUCGUCGUUUAGUGGAUGAAGUUCGGCGUUUUUACUUCGAAGACAAUUUACAGAAUGACCAAGCAAUGAAAAAAUAUGUCGAACUAUUAUCAGAUUUGAAUUAUGGUUAUGGAACUGAUAAAGCUGUGAGAGUCCAUGUGGCCAAAUCUAAAGGCAAAACUUAUUACCAAAGGUUUUCAGUUUACACAAAAUUAAACGCUAUCAUACCUCGAAGUGAAGAUGUUGCUCAUAUUGGCGGCGCUGCUCAUUUUGACGAUAUAUUUUAUCUGUUUCGCUCGAACGUGGCUCAGUCAAUCUACGAUGAAAUUUUGAACAAUAAAGAUGACAAAGAAUCGAAAGUUAUUACUCAAGCAAUUGAAAAUUUGAGUAGAAUUAUUACGAAUUUUGCAAAAUAUGGUGAACCGUCCCACAAAAGUGAUCCCAUCGACGGAGUUCAGCCGGUUCGAAAUGAUGAGGUUCAUUUCAUUGAUAUUAUGAAUGAGGGCAUCAAAACUGGAUUAAGUCCAAAUCAGAAGGUCAUCGACUUUUGGGUAAGCAUUGAACAGCGAGCUGCAAGGUUGUCUUUGGAUCUACAGAAGCAAAAUAAAGAUGAACUAUAGAAUGUUUGGGAAAAAUAUGUAGUCUUUGCAUUGUGUCUUUAAUUUUAUUGGUUAGAUGUAAUAGAAUUUAAGUUUAUUCUAAGUCGUAGCAAUGUUCUAAGUGUAGAAGCUGAAUUUAUUUAUUUGAAUUUCCUGGUAUUUUGAAAGAAUGUUCGGGUUGAGCUUCUUGUCUUGAGAUAACGACAAAUACGAGAUGCAAUUCAAUUUAGAAUUUAAACGAUAAUGAGUCAUUGAUGAGUUUAUUUUGUAACUUGAAUUUUUGCUUCUUGGCUGCACGAAUGUUUUGCACGGUCAAAUUUGAUUCGAUUUCAGUCUUUUGUACUACUUCAUUUUAUUUAUCAAAUGCGAAUAUGUGUGCAUCAAGUUGAUGCCAUCAACAUUGUUCGAUUCAUUACGUCCAAUCAAUUGAUAUAAACACUAAUUGCUUCAAGGUCAAAGUUUCAAAUUAUUUUGCAUAGCAACGUUUGGGCGCAUCAUUCGAAAUUUGAUAAUAAAUCUGCCAAUAACUGAGAUUCUCUAUUAGUCUCGUUCCGUCUGUCACCUAGAUUGGUUGCAAUACUUUCUGUAUUCUAUUCAAUAAUAAUUGUUUGUUAGUAAAUCAAACUAAAAUGAAUUUGACCGUGCUUUUCGUCAUUUUAUCCUUUGUCAUCGGUAUGUGAAAAUUAUACGGAAGAUAAGAUUUAAAAAUAAACGCUAUUCUUAAUGAGAA